CCAAGGAAGAAACCUACCACAAAUUCAAAGAACAUAAGCAUAAGCUGAAGAGAAGACUCCUCCUUGAUCUCGAAAUUCAAAUCAAUUCGAUCGACCCCCUAAAUCAACCGAAGAUGGGAGGGGGGUGCUCACUAAUUCCAUUCGUAGGCAUGGUGUUGGCGGUGACGGCUUUAGCUGUAAAUACGAUUGUGAGCAAAGUCGCCAUGUCCAGCGGCACUAGUUUCUUCAUUUUAUCAGUCUAUUCCAAUGCUUUGGCUACCCUCAUUCUUUUUCCUUGUGGCUUUCUAUUCCACAGGUCGAAGCGUCCUCGGUUGACCUUCCCUGUACUCUGCCGGAUUUUUUUGCUUGCUUUCUUUGGUUGUUUAGCAGACAUUGGAAGCUAUGCAGGCAUACAGAAGAGCUCUCCAACACUUGCUACAGAGCUGUUGAAUCUUGUUCCCGGAUUUACUUACAUUAUCGCCAUCAUUUUCAGGAUGGAAGUAUUAAAUUUGAGGAGAUCGAGUGAUAUAGCCAAGUCCUUGGGAACUAUACUGUCUAUUGCUGGUGCAUCUGUCGUAACAUUCUUCAAGGGGCCGGAAAUUAUGAAUAAAAUGGUAACUUUGACCACACCUGAAAGUAUUUCACCAUCACAACAAAAUUGGUUCGUAGGCGGCAUUUUACUUGCAACUGCUGGUCUUUCGACUGCAGCAUGGUCUAUUGUUCAGGCUUCAAUACUCAAGAUAUAUCCAGCAGAGAUGAUUGUUGUGGCAUUUUACUGUUUAUUCGUGACUAUGCAAUCUACGGCCGUCGCUCUUAUUGCAGAAAAGGAUGCAAUGGCUUGGAAACUUCAAGCACACAUGGGCUUGGUAGCUGUAGUUUAUGCAGGAGUGAUCAAUAUAACAUUUAGACUCUACAUGAUGUCGUGGUGUCUGUGGAGGACGGGGCCUUUAUAUGUGUCCCUCUUUUAUCCCUUAACAAUCGUCAUAUCUGUUGUCAUCGGCGUCCUCUUCUUCAACGAAGUGCUCUAUUUGGGAAGCGUGGCCGGAGCAGCAGUACUUGUUAUCGGGUUCUAUGCAGUCAUUUGGGGAAAGUCGGAAGAAAGCAAGAUUAGCAAGGUCAAUGGAGUCGACGUAGAAUCAACAGACAAUGAGGUACCCUUAUUACAUGACAGGAUUGAAGAAGCCUCUUAGACUACAAUGUCUUUGUAUAUUGUGCUUAAAUAGUAGGGCAGUUAGUUACCAUGUUGAUUAGGGUUAGUCGGCGUAUAGUAAUAGUAUAUAUAAUACCCCCUCCGUCCGCUCUAAUGGUCACAUUUACCUUUUUGCGUUAUUGUAUUUGUAUAAUUUUUUUUCUGUACAAAUAUAUUUCUAUUAGUAUUAUAAAAACGCAAAGUAUUUUUAUAAUUUUUUUUUUUAAUUUGUAAUAAUCAAUAUUCAAAUAUCGACAUACAAAAGUAAAUACAUGUUUAAAAUUAAAAUAAUGUAUAUUGUAUGAAUUAUUGUCACGUACUAUCAGUUCAUAUUAUGCAUUAUGCUAUGUAAAGAGGUUAAUGGUAGCAUGGCUAUCCUUGACAGCCUCAUGCCUCUGUCGAUUUUCCUCUGAAAAUUCACUCUUCCCUUCCAACACUCUUCCCUCUUGUUUUUUGGUUGCUUUUUGCGCAGAGCAGAGCAUCUGGAAUAUAUCAAAACUUUGAUUCUUGCUUUUUU